AUGGAGCUUGUGCCUGUUGCGGCAGUCGAGGCUCGAGAGGACAAUGCCCCUCCAAGAAAACCGGCCCGGCGCAAGCACUUCGGUUUUUCGUACGUGCUCCUGAUCAUGGUUGCUGGUUGCUGCUGGUUCCACUGGAACCGCGGGGAUAAAGGGGAGGAGCUGGGAACCGCAUUUGCGUCCGUAGGCUUCAUGAAGCAAGCAGCACCACCAGCUAUUGCUCUGCUGGGUGGUCUGGCUCUAUAUGGAAUGGGAGGACCAGAGACGGUUGCCAUUUUGUUGAUCUACUUUGGGGCACAGACGGGCAUGAAUCUUUACAUCAAGAACGUCCUGUCCAGAAUUGUAGUCGACGAAGAGCAAGGCAGACGAGGGCUGCCCAUUGGCUUCCUCUUGACUGCCAUCCAACAGAUGGUGGCCUUUUUGGCCUUCUGCAUAUUUCUGCUUGCAGGCCGACUUUGCUGCGCUGGCUACCAGGUAAAGACGCUGAAGACCUGCAAAGAGUGGGUGGCUGUCAUUUGCUUCAGUAUGGCUUUUGCGCUCAACAUUGGCUUGAACAAUUUCAGCUUGUCGCUGGUAGCCAUCUCGAUCAACAUGAUCAUCCGGACAUGUUUGCCACUCUCGACAGCAAUCUCAGAGCUGAUUCUGGGAUCAAUUCUGGGGAUUGAGCGGAAGUCAAUUGGGCCGACGAGAUGGCUGCUGAUGCUGGCAGGUGUAAGCUGUGCUGGAUUAGCCAGCUACGCCAAAACCACUUCGCAGAGAAACCCUGACGAGUCUGCAGCGCUGGCGUUAGGCAUCACGGUAACCGUGUGCAGCAUCUUUGCCGGUGCUGUCAACAUGGUUUUGGCCAGCAUCCUGGGCACAAGCAUGAAGAUGAAUCCGCUCGAUACGACAUGCUACAUGUCGUUGCCUACAGCGCUUGCUUUGAUCCUGCCUUCGCUUGUGGUGUACCACCCUGUCGCUCAGUGGCCACACACAGAAAGCAUGACCGAUUGGCAGAUAUUACAAGAAGUCAUGCAGACAAAGCCUUCUGUGCUGCUUCCUGUUCUCAUAUCUGGCGUGCUUUCCUUUUUCUACAACAUUCUGCAGUAUACCAUGGUACACAAGCUGUCCGCCACGCAUGCUACUUUCGCAGGCAACUUUAACAAGGCCGCAACAAUUGCGCUGUCUCUGCUGCUUGGUUUGGAGGGGCUUCCGCCUGGAAACUAUGGAAUUGUGUUUCUCGUUGCUGUCAUUGGGAACAUUGCAUCAUUCACCGCCUUUAGCAUGGUGAAGGACACGCCGCCGAAGAGCUGA